CACACAACUCACCUCAUCACAUCACAUGAUCAAGGUCCACCGCAGCAAGGAAACCUAGCAGUCAAGAACUGAUCCAGGCUGUGAUCCGGCAUGGCAAGCUCAGCGGCAACGUCGAGGAUCCUGGCUCUCGGGCUGGCGCUCCUCUGCGCCGCCGGCCUGGCAGCCGCGCAGAACGUGGCCAGCGUCGUCACCGACGCCUUCUUCAACGGCAUCAAGAACCAGGCCCCGGGCUCGUGCGAGGGCAAGAACUUCUACACGCGGAGAGCGUUCCUGAGCGCCGUCAACUCGUACCCGGGCUUCGCGCACGGCGGCUCCGAGACCCAGGGCAAGCGCGAGAUCGCCGCCUUCUUCGCGCACGUCACGCACGAAACCGGACAUUUCUGCUACAUCAGCGAGAUCAACAAGGGCAACAGCUACUGCGACCCGAGCUACAGGCAGUGGCCGUGCGCCCCGGGGAAGAAGUACUACGGGCGCGGCCCGCUGCAGAUCUCGUACAACUACAACUACGGGCCCGCCGGGAGGGCCAUCGGCUUCGACGGGCUCGGGAACCCUGACAGGGUUGCUCAGGACCCCGUGAUCGCGUUCAAGACGGCGCUCUGGUUUUGGAUGAAAAACGUGCACGGGGUGAUGCCGCAGGGGUUCGGCGCCACCAUCAGGGCCAUCAACGGCGCCCUCGAGUGCAACGGGAGGAACCCCGACCAGAUGAACGCGCGGGUGCGCUACUACAGGCAGUACUGCCAGCAGCUCGGCGUCGACCCCGGGAGCAACCUCACCUGCUAGAGGUGUUGCUUGGGUUCAUGCAUACAUGCUUGGCUCGUGAAGAAUAAAGGGUACUCAGCGUCGCAUACUUGAAAUGGCAACGGGAGUGAAACCCAGAGCUUAUGUACUAGUAGUAGCAACAAUAAAAAUGCAGGGGCAGGGCAGGGCCUGUCUAAUUCGACCUAAUAAUAAAAAAAGAAGCACAGUGCGGUGAGCACUUGGCAAGUA